AUGGCAGAUGAUGCGGACAUGCGCAAUGAGCUGUCAGAUAUGCAGCAGCGUGCUGACCAGCUUGCCGAUGAGUCCCUGGAAAGCACCCGUCGUAUGCUGCAGCUGGUGGAAGAGAGCAAAGAUGCCGGCAUUAGGACUUUGGUCAUGUUGGAUGAACAAGGAGAACAACUGGAGCGCAUCGAGGAGGGAAUGGACCAAAUCAAUAAGGACAUGAAGGAUGCAGAAAAGAAUUUGAACGAUCUAGGGAAAUUCUGUGGUCUUUGCUCCUGUCCAUGUAACAAGAUGAAGAGCGGAGCCAGCAAGGCCUGGGGGAACAACCAGGAUGGGGUGGUGGCCAGCCAACCAGCCCGUGUGGUGGAUGAGCGUGAACAGAUGGCCAUUAGCGGAGGCUUCAUUCGCAGGGUAACAGAUGACGCUCGAGAAAAUGAGAUGGACGAGAAUCUGGAGCAGGUGGGCGGUAUCAUUGGAAACCUGCGUCACAUGGCCGUGGACAUGGGUAACGAGAUCGAUACCCAGAACCGCCAGAUCGACAGGAUCAUGGAGAAGGCUGAUUCCAACAAGACCAGGAUUGACGAGGCCAACCAGAGGGCCACAAAGAUGUUGGGCAGUGGCUAA